AUGUCUGCGCGUGAUCUGCGCGGCACAGACAUAAAAACUUUACAAACCUUAUACAAUAAAAACAAAUACCACCUAAAUUUAAUUCAGAGGCUCAACAUUGCCCUUGAUGUAGCCUCUGCAUUAGAUUAUCUUCAUUCCCAAUUCGACAGGCCGGUCAUCCAUUAUGAUCUAAAGCCGAGCACUGUUCUUCUUGAUGCUGACCUUACAGCCCACUUUAGUGAUUUUGGCCCAACAAGAUUUCUUUCGGAGACAACUGAGCAAUCCAUUUCCGAGCAAAGCAAUUCGAUGGGAAUAAGAAGAACCAUGGGAUAUAUUCCUCCAGGUAGUUCCGUUCCAUAUUAG